UUUUUCAGUCCUCUAGGAACCAAACUCCCUCCCCUUAACCUUUCCUGGCCCGGAUGGGAGAGGGGAGUUUGCCCCUUUGGCAUCUCCCUCCUCCUUCUUGCAGCCAGUCUCUUUCUUUGUCUCCUGCUCCUCCUUCCUCUCCUCCCGAGAAAAUGUGAUUUUUGGCUGGGAAUUUUGGAGUAAAGCCUGUUGAGGGAUUUCUUUCCCUUGAAAGAAGAGGGAGGAAAACCAUCUUGGUUCUUCUUCAGGGUGGGUCCAACAUGGAGAGACCCAACUCACCUGGACCUGAAGCAGGCAGGGCCCUCGGGAGCAGUGGGGAAUUCUGGGAAAAAACUAUGCAGACGUUCCUGAGUGUGGACCUUUACAGCUCAGACAUACAUUGCAAGCGCUUCAGGAAGUUCUCCUACCACGAGGGCGAGGGACCCAGAGAGGUUUGCAGCCGCCUCCACGAUCUCUGCCGCCAGUGGCUGAAGCCAGAGCAACACACCAAGGCGGAGAUGCUGGACCUGGUGAUCCUGGAGCAGUUCCUGAGCCUCCUGCCCCCAGAGAUGGGGAGCUGGGUCCGAGAGUGUGGGGCAGAGACCUCUUCCCAGGCAGUGGCCCUGGUGGAAGGCUUCCUCCUGAGUCGGGCAGAGGACAAGAGCCAGGAAGAACAGGCCCAAAAUAACUUCAUGGAAGUCCAGUCCAAUAUCCCUGCAUCAGAGAAAUCUCCAUCAAACACCAGCCAGAGCCACAGGUCGAAGGACCUCAAACAGGAAGAAGAUGGGGCUGUAUCCUUGCAAGGGACCGAAAUGAUGUUGAUGCUGAAUCCACAGUCCUUUCUUCCUCUUUGUAAUAGAGUGGAACUGAAUCAGGGCCCUAUCGCCUUUGAGGACGUGGCUGUCCAUUUCUCCCUGGAGGAGUGGGUUCUCCUGAAUCAUGAUCAGAAAGUCUUGCACGUGCAGAUCAUGGAGGAGAUUCAUGGGAUUGUGGACUCUCUUGUAGAUAACAUUGAAAAGAACAAUGCAUGCAACAAUUGCAGAGAGGAUUUUGCACACAAUGGGUGCCUUCGUAGACACCAGCAAGCUGACAAUGAAGAUGAUGAUUCUGCCAGAGAAUGUGGGCAAUGUUUUACCCAAAAUGUAGCAGAAUUUGGGAAGAGUUUUACUCAGAAUACACACUUUAUAGAACACUGGGGAUCCCACACAGGAGAGAAACAAUACAAAUGCAAGGAAUAUGGGAAAUCUUUUGUUCAAAGCUCAUCCCUUUUGAGCCACCAGAGCGUCCAUGCCGGAGAAAACCAGAGACUCCACACAGGAGAGGAGCCAUACCAAUGCCAGGAGUGUGGAAAAUGUUUUUCUUCCAGUACAAGUUUGCUGAGGCACAAAAGACACCACACAGGAGAAAAGCCAUACCAAUGCCAGGAGUGUGGAAAAUGUUUUGCUUACAGUUCAGAUUUGGUGAGGCACAAAAGACUCCACACUGGAGAGAAGCCUUACCAAUGCCAGGAGUGUGGGAAAUGUUUUGCUGCCAGUUCAGGCUUAGUGAACCACAAAAGACUCCACACAGGAGAGAAGCCAUACCAAUGCCAGAAAUGUGGGAAAUAUUUUGCCCGCAGUUCAUAUUUGGUGAACCACAAAAGACUCCACACAGGAGAGAAGCCAUACCAAUGCCAAGAGUGUGGGGAAUGUUUUGCCCGCAGUUCAAAAUUGGUGAGCCACAAAAGACUCCACACAGGAGAGGAGCCAUACCAAUGCCAGGAAUGUGGAAAAUGUUUUGCGGCCAAUUCAGCCUUGGUGAGGCACAAAAGACUCCACACAGGAGAAAAGCCAUACCAAUGCCAGGAAUGUGGGAAAUGUUUUGCUGCCAGUUCAGACUUAGUGAGUCACAAAAGACUUCACACAGGAGAGAAGCCUUACCAAUGCCAGGAGUGUGGGAAAUGUUUUGCUUACAGUUCAGACUUGGUGAGACACAAAAGACUCCACACAGGAGAGAAGCCAUUCCAAUGCCAAGAGUGUGGGAAAUGUUUUGCUUCCAGUUCAUAUUUGGUGAACCACAAAAGGCUCCACACAGGAGAGAAGCCAUACCAAUGCCAUGAGUGUGGAGAAUGUUUUGCCCGCAAUUCAUAUUUGGUGAGGCACAAAAGACUCCACACAGGAGAGAAGCCAUACCAAUGCCAGGAGUGUGAUAAAUGUUUUCCUUGCAAAUCAUCACUUCUGAGACACCAGAGCAUCCACACAGAAAUGAAACCAUACAAAUGUGAGGAAUGUGGACAAUGUUUUAUUCAGAGUUCAUCCCUUUUGAGCCACCAGAGAAUUCAUAGAGGAGAAAAACCAUCCGAAGUGUUGGACAAAGGUAAUGAAAUGAAUUUCAACAGGGAAAAUGCAGGUUGUGGACAUUCUGGUUCUGUAGACAGUACAUUCAACAUUCUUGCCCAGCUGGGAGAAGAGAGUUUGCUCCUUUGGCCUCUCCUUCCUCCUCUUCUUCCUCACAGUGGUUCCAAAAUGGAGAGACCCAACUCACCUGGACUUGAAGGCAACGGGGAAAUCUGGGAAAUGUUCCCGAAUACGCACAUGCAGCGCCAGUGCUUCAGGCAGCUCUCCUACCACGAGGGCGAGGGGCCCAGAGAGACUUGCAGCCGCCUCCACGAUCUCUGCCGCCAGUGGCUGAAGCCAGAGCAACACACCAAGGCUGAGAUGCUGGACCUGGUGAUCCUGGAGCAGUUCCUGAGCCUCCUCCCCCCAGAGAUGGGGAGCUGGGUCCGAGAGUGUGGGGCAGAGACCUCUUCCCAGGCGGUGGCCCUGGCGGAAGGCUUCCUCCUGAGUCGGGCAGAGGACAAGAGGCAGGAAGGACAGGCCCAAAAUAACUGCCCGGAAGUCCAGUCUAAUGUCCCUGCAUCAGAGAAAUCUCUAUCAGGCACCACCCAGAGUCUCAGGCAGAAGGACCUGAAGCAGGAAGGAGAUGGAGCUGCAGCCUUGGAGGGGGCUGGAAUGAUGUUGUUGCCGAAUCCUCAAUCGUUUCUUCCUCUUUGUGAUGGAGUGGAACUGAAUCAGGGCCCAAUCGCCUUUGAGGACGUGGCUGUCCAUUUCUCCCCGGAAGAGUGGGCUCUUCUGAAUCCUGAUCAGAAAGUCUUGCACGUGCAGGUCAUGGAGGAGAUUAAUGGGAUUGUGGACUCUCUUGUAGAUAAUGGUGAGAAGAGCCAAGUAUGCACCAAAUGCAGAAAGCAUUUGGGACACAAUAGGGGCUUUCAUACACACCAGCAAACCCAGAAUGAAGAUGAAGAUUCAACCAGUGAAAAGCCCUACAAAUGCAAUGUAUGUGGUCAAUGUUUCCCCCAAAAUGUGGCACUUGUGCUUCACAAGACAUAUGAUGCUGGGACAAGCCAUCAUAAAUGGAAAAUAUCAGCAAAAUGUGUGGUUGAUUACAAAUUGCCAGAUCUGUGCCAACAAGAAAUCUUUGAAGGAAAUGAGGAUUUCAUGAGUAAGGAGUGUGAGAAACCAUACAAAUGCAAGGAAUGUGGAAAAUGUUUUGUUCAAAGUUCGUCCCUUGUGAGCCACCAGAGAGUCCACACUGGAGAAAACCCAUAUAGUUGCCCAUAUUGUGGGAAAUGUUUUCCUUCCAGUUCAAGUUUGGUGAAGCACAAAAGACUUCAUACAGGAGAGAAGUCAUUCCAAUGCCAGGAGUGUGGGAAUUGUUUUUCUUGCAGUUCAGCCUUGGCGAAGCACAAAAGGCUCCACACAGGAGAGAAGCCAUACCAAUGCCAGGAGUGUGGGAAAUGUUUUGUUUACAGCUCACAAUUGCUGAGCCACAGAAGAGACCACACAGGAGAGGAGCCAUACCAAUGCCAGGAGUGUGGAAAAGGUUUUGCUAACAGUUCAAACUUGUUGAGGCACAAAAGACUCCACACAGGAGAGAAACCAUACCAAUGCCAGGAAUGCGGAAAAUGUUUUGUUCAAAGUUCAUCCCUUGUGAGCCACCAGAGAGUCCACACCGAAGAAAACCCAUAUAGUUGCACAGAUUGUGGGAAAUGUGUUUCUUCCAGUCCAAGCUUGGUGAGGCACAAAAGACUCCACACAGGAGAGAAGCCAUACCAAUGUCAGGAGUGUGGGAAAUGUUUUGCUGACAGUUCAGCCUUGGUGAGCCACCAAAGGCUCCACACAGGAGAGAAUCCAUACCAAUGCCAGGAGUGUGGGAAACGUUUUGCUUUCAGUUCAUGCUUGGUGAGGCACGAAAGACUUCACAGAGGGGAGAAGCCAUACCAAUGCCAGGAGUGUGGGAAAUGUUUUGCUGAAAGUUCAAACUUGUUGAGGCACAAAAGACUUCACACAGGGGAGAAGCCAUACCAAUGCCAGGAGUGUGGAAAAUGUUUUGCUUCCAAUUCAUGCUUGGUGAGGCACAAAAGACUUCACACAGGGGAGAAGCCAUACCAAUGCCAGGAGUGUGGAAAAUGUUUUGCUGCCAGUUCAGACUUGGUGAGUCACAAAAGACUCCACACAGAAGAGAAUCCAUACCAAUGCCAGGAGUGUGGGAAAUGUUUUGCUUCCAGUUCAGGCUUGGUGAGGCACAAAAGAUUUCACACAGGGGAGAAGCCAUACCAAUGCCAGGAGUGUGGAAAAUGUUUUCCUUACAGUUCCGGCUUGGUAAGUCACAAAAGACUUCACACAGGAGAAAAGCCAUACAAAUGCCAGGAUUGUGGGAAAUGUUUUGCUGAUGGUUCAGCCAUGCUGAGGCACAAAAGACUCCACACAGGAGAGAAGCCAUUCCAAUGCCAGGAGUGUGGGAAAUGUUUUUCUUCCAGUUCAUAUUUGGUGAACCACAAGAGGCUUCACACAGGAGAGAAGCCAUACCAAUGCCAGGAGUGUGGAGAAUGUUUUGCCCGCAGUUCUUAUUUGGUGAACCACAAAAGGCUUCACACAGGAGAGAAGCCAUAGCAAUGCCAAGAGUGUGAUACAUGUUUUCCUUGCAAAUCAUCACUUCUGCGACACCAGAGCAUCCACACAGGAAAGAAACCAUACAAAUGUGAGGAAUGUGGAAAAUGUUUUAUUCAGAGUUCAUCCCUUUUGAGCCACCAGAGAAUUCAUAGAGGAGAAAAACCAUCCAAAGUGUUGGACAAAAGUAAUUAAAUGAAUUUCAACAGGGAAAAUGCAGGUUGUGGACAUUCUGGUUCUGUAGACAUUUCAGCAUUUUCCGAUGAACCUGUGUGAUUCUCUUGGCUUCAAGUAGCACUUGGCCUGACUUUGGACUGAUGUCUUAGACAACUCUCUCCUUGGUUUUGAACGCUGUUUGUUUGUUUGUUUUUUUACUUGGGACUGUUUUGGAGAACUCUUUUGCUUCUCUGGAAACUGGUAUCACCAUGGGACUGGACUGUCUUUCCCGUGAUUGGCUUUUGUGGGUAAAGAUCUGAUUUCACACAGAACCCUUUGAGAAGUUCUGCUUAAGAUUUGGUGGAGUCCCUGUUCUUGUCAUUUGAAUCCAUAAGUGGAGGUCCUGUUCUUGGAGCAGUAGAAAGCAACCUCCCUGUUGCAAUUCUUUAGAGGGUUAUAUAUGAUGUCACCUAUUCUGAAGUGGAGCUACAAUGGUGAAAUGGGUUAAACACUAGUGCCGGCUGGACUGCUGAGCUGAAGGUUGGGUUGCUGACUUGAAGGUGACCAGUUCAAAUCUUCGAGUCGAAGUGAGCUCCCAUCUGUCAGCUCUAGCUUGUGGGAACAUGAGAAAAGCCUCCCAGAAGGAUGGUAACACAUCCGGGCGUCCCCUGGGCAAUGUCUCUGUUGACAGCCAAUUCCCUCAUACCAGGAGCAACUUGCAGUAUGUUCUCUAGUUGCUUUAGACAUGAUAAAAGAAACCCUAUUGUUAAAAAAAAUGUAAAUCCAUCAAUUGUUCCUGUUUGGGCUUAGUUUCCAGCUCCUUUACCACCUUGGUUGCAAAUGUCCAGUCUGUGAAUGUUGUUUUUCAGGCGGGAUUCCAGAAUUGAACACAGUGUUGUUGAGGCCAAGCCAAAGAUAAAUAUGCUUACACUAUUAUUUCCCUUGACGUAAAAAUUAUAUUUCUGGCUAAAAUUUACUGUCUGUUUCCCUGCUCCUGGCACACAUACUUUUAAUGCACAUUAAAUUAAAAAACCCACAAAUCUCAUUAUUUUAGAAUUAACCAAGUUAUAUAUCAUUGAUUUUGUUAUAGACUAUCAUAAUUUGAUCUAUUUUGCAAAAAUUUAGUCCCUGGAUCUUAUAGGAGGCUUAUCCGGAAAGUAAUGCUACAAGAUUUUUCUUAAAAUACAAAGAAUGAAUAUACAUUAGAAUCUCACUUAUCCAACAUAAACGGGCCAGUAGAACGUUGGAUAAGUGAAAAUGUUGGAUAAUAAGGAGGGAUUAAGGAAAAGCCUAUUAAAUGUCAAAUUACAUUAUGAUUUUACAAAUUAAGCACCAAAACAUCAUGUUUUGGAACAAAUUGACAGAAAAAGUAGUUCAAUACAUGGGAGCAAUUACUGUAUUUAUGAAUUUAGCACCAAAACAUCGCAAUGUCUUGAAAACAUUGACUACAAAAACAUUGACUACUAAAAGGCAGACUGCGUUGGAGAAUACAGAAAUUUGGAUAAGUGAAGGUUGGAUAAACAAGACUCUACUGUAUUGUAAUAAAACUUACGUGGAUGAUAGCAUAGGUGUUGGAGGCUGGCUCGGAGGGGAAGUAAAGGAGAGAAUUCCAAGAGAGCAAUAAAACAAGCCUUUUAUUGUUACCACAGCUGAUGAUAAGGCAAACAGCCGUAGGCACCCACUUUAAUGGGUCCGUACCAUGCAAAUGGCCGUCGCAACAUGUGAGUAGCAAACAAAGAAUAUAUACCUUUGGCUUAUCUAAAAUUCUCCCGCCUGAUGGAGAAGUGACAACAUUGUGGUCUGUUGUGAUGACCCCCAAUCCAUUUUACAUCAGGCCCCCUUUUCGCCAUGGCGCACAUGCUCCAUCUCCUUGGAAGGAGAGGGUUUAAAGCAGGCUUAGGCAAACUGCGGCCCUCCCUCCAGGUGUUUGGGACUUCAACUCCCAGAAUUCCUGGGCUCAGGCAUUCUUGGAUGACACUGAUUUUCUAGAUUCAAUGCAAUCUGGCUUUAGGCCAGGACAUGGUACCAAGACAGCCUUGGUCGCCUUAAUCGAUGAUCUACGCUAACUGGAUAGGCGGAGUUUUUCCUUACUGGACCUCUCAGUGGCCUUCGAUACUGUCGAUCACGGUAUCCUUCUGGGGCAGCUUGUGGGGAUGGGUUUCGGAGGUACUGUCUUGCAGUGGCUCCGGUCCUUCCUGGAGGGUCGUUCUCAGAUGGUGUCACUGGGGGACACCUGCUCAGCCCCACAACCAUUGUCUUAUGGGAUCCCGCAGGGGUUGGUAUUGUCCCCCAUGUUGUUCAACAUCCAUGAAGCCGCUGGGAGAGAUCAUCAGGAGUUUUGGGGUGCGGUGUCAUCUGUACGCAGAUGAUGUCCAGCUCUGUCACUCCUUCCCACCUGUCACUAAGGAGGCUGUUCAGGUCCUGAACCGGUGCUUGGCCGCUGUGUCGGACUGGAUGAAGGCGAACAAAUUGAAAUUGAAUCCAGACAAGACAGAGGUCCUCCUGGUCAGUUGCAGGGCCAAACAGGGCAUAGGGUUACAGCCUGUGUUGAAUGGGGUCGCACUCCCCCUGAAGACACAGGUUCGCAGUCUGGGUGUUCUCCUGGACUCAUCACUGAGCCUGGAGCCCCAGGGGAGCAUUUACACAACUAAGACUUGUGCACCAGCUGCGCCCAUACCUUGGGAAGUCUGAUUUGGCCACGGUGGUCCACGCUCUGGUUACAUCCUGUUUGGAUUACUGCAAUGCUCUCUACGUGGGGUUGCCUUUGAAGAUGGCUGGGAAGCUCAAAUUAGUACAUUGGGCGGCAUACAGGGAGAGUAGCACCCCCAUGCUAAGCAAGCUCCACUGGCUGCCAAUAUGCUACCGAGCCCAAUUCAAAGUGCUGGUUUUGAUCAAUAAAGCUCUAAACAGUUCUGGCCCAAUCUACUUGUCGCAACGUAUCUCCUCCUAUGAGCCAGUAAGAUCCUUAAGGUCAUCAGGUGAGGCCCUGCUCUCUGUCCCACCUGCCUCGCAAGCAUGGCUGGUGGGAACAAGGGACAGGGCCUUCUUAGUGGUGGCUCCCCGGCUGUGGAACUCCCUCCCCAGAGAUAUUCAACAAGCCCCAACCCUUCUGGGCUUCAGAAGAGCCCUAAAAACAUGGUUAUGUGCUCAGGCGUUUAAUGAAUAAAUGACUAAGAUGACAUGGACCGAUUUAUGGCUAAAACAAGAGGUUUUCUUGGAUGAAUGGAUCUAACCAUAUUUUAAAUUUUUAUAUUGUAUUUAAUAGUUUUUAAUUGAUUUUAUGUACUAUUGUGAUUUUUUUAAACUAUGUGUAGGCAUUGAAUUGUUAUUUGUUGUAAGCCUCCCUGAGUCCCCUCGGGUGAGAAGGGCAGGGUAUAAAUGUUGGAAAUAAAUAAAUCAUCAUCAUCAUCA